UAAACCAGCAGGCAGGCGUUGAGGCAAGUCAGAGUGGGAGUGAAAGAGCAGCAGAAAGCAGGGUGGAGGGGAGAAGGACAGAAAGGAGGUGAGUGCAUGUGGGGCCAGGAAGAGAGAGAGAGGAUAGAAAGGCAGGAAGAGAAGUGGAGAAAGGCCAGCUGCGGGUGCAACAGAGCGCUGGAUAAUGGAGGAGCAGUCGGAGUGCGCGGAGCCUCCCGUGGCCCCACAGUGCGACCCCCAGCCCACAGGGAAGAUCAACAAAGCUGCCUUCAAACUCUUCGGAAAGCGGCGCGCUGGCUCCGGCAUGGCCAGCUUCUUCUCCUUCAGGAACAAAGGGGCCGUGAGCAGCGGGAACAACGGCAAUUCUGACAACGGGAACUCUCUGAAUGGAAGCGGCUCGGCAGCAUCCGUGGAGCUCGUGAGGAGCAAAACGCACGACGGGCUGACGAGUCCCAACAACGAUGCUGCUGGGCCCAGAGGGGAGGGGCAGGCUAGCCUGGAGGCAGGACCCGUCAGGUCACUCAGCAAAUCGCUGAGUUUCUUUUCUUUUCUCCGACGUGGGAGUUUCAGGACGAGUGAAAACGGGGGGGCGGGGGUUGCGAGGCGUGGGAGGGGCCUGAAAGGAUUUUUCAGCAGCAUGCGAUGGAGACGCAAAGACAAGACAAAUGAGGGAGAUGGCGAAGUCACGGAAGGUAAAAAGGAAAUGGACGCAGAGGUGGUUGCUGAAUCUGAAAACAUACAGGACAUCACUCUGACCCUAGAACCACCUCCACACAAUCACCAAGAGGACUGUGAAAAUGCGGAGGCGGGGCCUCACCUCCAACCAGAGGACACGCCCACCACUAGUGCUACCAUGACACCCACACACUGUGUUGCCAUGCCAGGACCAUCUGCUGAGCCAGACUCCCCCUUGCCUUACACUCCCACUGACUCACCACUGCACCCUCCAAUCCAAAAGGCCAAAGCUUCGAUCUCCAGCCUCACACCUUCCCUCACUACGCCCCCUUUGGAUCACUGCAGCAUAAGCGAGCAGCCUUCAGAGCCCUCGGUGGACCGACUGUGUUCUCUCCUCUUCACUGAUGUCACGUCCCUCAAGAGCUUUGAUUCACUGACAGGGUGCGGUGACAUUAUCGCUGAUGCAGAUGAGGAAGGGCCAGCGGGAAAUGGUGGCAGUGGCACCAGCAGCAGCAGCAGUGGCGGAGGAGGAGGCAGUCUGGGUGCAAGCAUUGGAAGAGCUGGCGGUAUCUCUGGCGCCACGCCUCGCAGCUCCCCAUCUAAACCUCCUGCACCGCCCCAGAUCACUCAGCCCGUGUUCUCUGUCUCCCAAAGCUUAGCCCCGGCCUCCCUCCCUGCUCGAACCAGAGUGCCUCCUCCGCCACAGCAGCACCCCGCUGGUAGUGGUGUCGUGGCCUACAUGGGCGGAGGGGAAGAAAUGGCGAGUCCAGAAGGAGUGGAUGAUGCAGACAUGCAGGGACUCUGGCACAUGUUGCCGUCUACAGGCGACAACUCCCCUGCUUUGCCCCGACUGAGUCAGCCCUCCUCCACUAACCUGACUUCCGGUCAUCCCCAUCGCACUAACCCGGCCAGCAGCCAUAUAGCAUCAAUUACCAAGAGUGCAGACAAAAAGGCACCCCAGGUGAAGGCACUGGGGCUCAGUAAGAUCCCAGUUGUUGGUGGAGCAGUGAGUCGGGCCGCUAAACCCCCAAUUCCUCAUGCACAUGGUCGUCAUCCUUCAUCACCAAGUGACAAAGAGCUACUUAGUGAUGAGGGCUACUGGGACACACCAUCAGCAACACCAACAGCAACGCCCGAUGAAAGUGGCUUACAGCGAAACCAAAAGAUUGCCCUAUCUCGUGACAGUUGCUCUGGGGACCACCUCUAUGACCUGUACAAUGAUCCCGAGGAAGAGGGGGAGGAUCAAAGAGGAGACGAAGACAUGAAUAGUACUCCCUCUCCUUCCACCGAGUACAAAAUGAGUCCAACCUCUCCUAAAAGUCCACCUUCCUCCUCCUCUUCUUCCUCCUUCCGAUCAAUAAAAGGCAGCGCCAGCCUUCCUCGAGAAUCUAAGAUCCCAGUAAGCACCAGACAAACCUCACCGCCUCACUCCGUGAGCCAGUCCGCCCUGUCAUCUGUCCUGGAGUCUGAAUCCUCUCCGCCGAAGACCCAAGCAGCCCCGUCAGCUCGUACCAAAAUCCCUGUGUCCAAGGUACCCGUUCGCCGUUCUGGGAACAAACCUGCCAGCUCAACCAGAGGAACCACACACAAAAAGUAGUUUUUGUCCAAACGCCUGCUUCUCUUUUACUAUUAGACUCGAAUGUACAUUGAGCGCUGCUUGUGCAGAGCCAAAAGUUUUCUCCACCUGAGACAAAUGCUGAGCUGUAGUGCUGAUAUCCUAUAAAUUUCCCCUAAAUUCUAAAAAAAUAAAAAAAAAAGUCUCAUUCUUAAAGGUAUCUUGGCUUAUAUUGGACUGAACCAGAAUAGUUCACUGGAGAAAGUCGCAAGGACCCUCCAAAAAAGUUGGGCUAAAAUUUCUCUGACAUCAAAUUGCACUUUGGAGGCUGAUUGUUGACAAUCCGUGGAUCAGAAAUGACAUUCAUCACCUUGUUAGUUCUUGGAAAAGACUUCCGACAUGCUGAUUUUGACAGUCACUUUAAAGCAGAAAAGAGCAAUGCACCUUUGUAUCUUUUGACAUUUUUCUAUGGAAUUUCACACAGCAUUGCUCUGUUUGCUCAUACGAACCUAAUCUAAUCAAAGUUCAUUGUUAUUAUUUGUAACUUUUUUAUAUAGUAAUCCUGUUUCUUCUCUAUUAAAUUACCUCCUAAACUUGUGUUUUUAGAGCCAAAGUUUGAAAAACACACACACAGUCUAGAUUUUUCUGCCUAUAAUAACCCAGGACAGACUCAACGGUAUCCUCAGCCUUUAAUAACCCAACAGUCUGGCUUUGUACAUUAUUCAUUUUGAAGAUGGUCUUCUUCUGACCACUCACUGUUUAUAAAACUGUUCAUUCAGAUCCAGUUUUAUACCUUAGUUUGCCGCUAAAGUGAAAGCCACAUAAUUUCUUUUAAUAAUGGAUGCCUCUUUUUAAUUUUAAAAGUGAAAGGACUCAGGUUGGCUUCUUUUGAAUCACUAGUACUCUGCCGCACCACUAGAAUUUCACUCAAUCUCUGGGAUUUACAGUAAUUUUGUUUCUAAUGGAAACCUGCAAAACAUUUGCAAUACAAUACCGGAAAAGAUCCUUUGCACUAAUGCAUUGUUGCUCGUUGAAGAUCAGACAUGCACACACAAAUGCACACACACACACACACUCACUCACACAUCAUUGCAUGCAGUGCCACACACCUGAGGCACAACGUCAGGGAAUGUCAUCUAAUGCUAAAAGUUCUUCUGUAUGCAAACUGUUGAACGAUUGUCACUCUUCUUGUAGCGACACUGGAUAAUUUUCUUUUCUUUUUUGGAGGGGGACACAUAAACAGCUUUCCUAGUUUGUGAAUUUUUAUUAAUUAGGUUUCAUAUUUUUUAUAAGCUCUCUAUGUAAAAAUACACAACCCGGAUCUCAAACUGUGACUGCACCAAAUUUGUGUUUCACCUAUUUUUUUCCCCUCUCUAGACUUUUUUUUGUUUGUUUGUUUUAUACUGGUUGAUGUUGGUAAAUGAGGAGAAGUCAUGCAUUUUUAGCUUUCAAAAAAGCUGAAAUAUAAUGCAAAACAUUUAUCUUUUUUAAAGCAAUUAUGAUAAAUGAGUUUUAGACCAUUCAUGUAUUGGCUUUUCUACCGAUGCAUAUUUUUCUCCAGGGUCCACCGCAGCUGUUUGUGUAUCUGAAUGUAGCUUGAGGUUCUUGUAGUUCUCAGUUUUGGUCUUAUGAGAGCAAGAUAAAUGGUGGAUUUUACUGUUUUUUUUCUUCUAUUAUGGUCUGAAAAAAACAAACAAACCACCUCUCAGUGUGUGCAGUGUCAAAAAGCACCACUUGUUUUAAAAGUGAGGGGGGUGGGUCGUAGACCCAAGAGGCCUUUGUCAGAAAUUUGUUGAGACAAGUUUGAAGCAAAUUUUUUUUUCUAAUUCCAACAAGAACACUACUGACACUUGGAGAUAUGCUGGUUCAUGUUAGGAUGUGAUGAUUUAUUCAUGACAGGUUUGAAUUUCUUUUUAAUCUUCCGAUGGGGAAGUUUCGGUUAGGCCAUGAAGUAACCUGAUUCCCCAUUUUGAAAAUAUUGAAUUUGAAUACACAAAUGUAAAAAAAAAAAAACGCUGCCAAUCUGCUGUAAAGUGUGUGUGUGUGGGGGGAAUAACUGCAUAAAUUUGAUUUCGACAGGAGCUGAUUGUUAUGCAUUACUUGUUCAAACAGGACAUCCUGCUCAGCUCAUCUUURCUUCACACGUCAGGAUCUGUGUGUCUGUUGAGGUUUUCCAAUUUCUCCACUCCUUCCAAGCACCUUCUUUCUUUGRUCUGACUGUUACUCACACCCCUGAGGCCAAUUUCAAGUAUUUAUUGGAGCCUGAAGCAUUUCUCUGUAACUGUGAUUCUGGGCCUCCAUGAGAACGUCUGCAGCACAUCAUAUUCUCCCUUUUUUAUGUUACUGUUUGCCUGUUUACAGUGUGAAUUUUUUCCCAUUUACUCUUUUUGAUGAAUUAAACUGUAUUUGCGCUGGUAAA